GCGCAAUUUCGUCCAAGUCCAAACAUGGGGCCAGGACGACCAUCGGGACGACCCGUUCGAGGUGCUCGGGAGAGCACGAGGAGCGCUGCGAAGGCGGCAGCACAGAAGAUCAAUGCGACACAAAGCGUUCGCUCUGCUCGAAUGAAGCGUGUCGUGUACGAUGAGUCAGACUUGUCCAGCGACCCCGACGACAAGCAAAAGGACACGUCUGCCAAGGAGGUUUCCGAUGCUGAAGAGGAGUUGGAGGAUGCGGACAUGGAGGAAGAAGAUGAAGAAAAGGCGCCAGAGAAGCCCCCUGAGCCACCGGCUGACGACAAGGAGGUACCAAAGGACGAAGAAGAAGAGAAGGAAGGAGUUGAGGACGACGACGACGACGACGAAGCGCAGGACGACGACGAAGACACAGAGGACACCCGUCAGCUUCUAGAUAAUGCUCAAGACGAUGAGUCCGUUCAACGACUGAUACAAAGCUCCCUCGGUCAGCUAGCACGCGACGGCGGCAGUCCCAGUCGCGAGUUGAUCCUUGCGUAUGCGUCAUGCGUGAGUUCGAAUCCGUCCAAGUUCCAGCACCCGACCACCCUCAAAGCCAUGCUGCGUCUGCUGCGAAGUACGUUUCAAGGUCGAGAGCGCUCCAGUUCUGUGGACAAGAAGGCCAAGCCGAAACCUCCCCGCGAGGUGCGCGGGGUCCUUCCGUUGGCCGUGUUGGUGGCAAACUUGUUGGCGACGAUUUUGAAGAAUAUUCCCCAGAACGAAUGGCCGGACGACUGCCUCAAAGUGUUUGUGGAUGACUCGCUGCAUUCUCGGUCGUGGGUCGACCACAGCAUGUGCAGUGUAUUCGUGGACAUGAUCAAGGCCCACAUCGCCGCCGCGCCGUCCACAGACGCAUCUGUCCAGCGCAUCAUGGAGCAUCUGUCGUCGAAAGUGACCGAGAUCAAGAAGGGUGGGGUCAACCCCACGACCUUCAAGCACGUGAUGCUCACCCUCAUGGACCUGACGCCGCUCCCCCAAGGCCGGUUGAUGGCCUCGUCCAACUUGGAACUGUGGUUUCAGCACACCACACACAAAACCAUUGCGCGCGACUUGCUCUUGAAGAUCGUUCGGUCGUGUACGACCCUCGACGCGCCCGACUUGGACACGGUCGAGAACUUGCUCAACAUGAAGUUCAAGACCGUGUCGUUUCCCCAGCUCAAGUCGGAAGUGUUUACGAUGCUGGUGCGCCAGCGCCCCGAGUACAUCAACGUUGCGUUCAAAGUGGUGUUGCUCAAGGAGCGACUGGCGGCGACGUUGAAAGACGUGGACAACCUCAAGAUGAUGCCGCUCAUAUUCCGCGAAACCGCGCAAGGCGGCCACGACUCCAAGGACGACCAAGAACCAGACAACGACGUCGUGUUCAAGCGGUCCCCACAGCACCAACAUCCCGGCACGGCCACCAGUCGCGCGUUGGCGAUGGUGUUGCAGGAUCUGGCCACCGCCUCGAGCAACCUUCCCACCCUGAAAAAUACGCUGCGAAAGGUUCUUCGUAGUUUGACACACGAUCAACUGGACGUACGGGCGUUGUGCCAGGGCUUACUCGUGGUGCCGAAAGGAAUUCAGUCGUUCGAGUUCUUUGUCAUGAUGGGGGAGCUCGUGGCGCUGGUUUUGUUUGUGCAGGGCGCGGCCGUGCGCAGUCUGCAAGUCAACGUUCCCGACGCCUCAAGCAACCCCCGCUUGCUUCCGAAAGCGAUGGACAAGGGCGUCCGGCGCUUGGGCACGGGGGCGGUGGCUAGUACUCCCGCCAGCAACGCCGGAAAUACCAAUGGACCCGUGGCGUUGGGGUCCCUGAAAAGCAAACCAAUGUUUGCGUCCAAGGAACCGAAACAUCCAGCCAUCACCCCCGCCGUGAAAUCCAAGGAAGAAUUCGCGCAGUUGAUCGCACACGUUCAGAGCAUGGCCAUUCACUGGUGCCACGAUGUCCAAGAGCUUGGCGACCACCUGGGCAUGCGAUUGUUUGGCGCGGUCAUUCGAAAGGUCUUGUUCCUAGACAUGCUCGCGGAUAUGCAGGCAACCGAACAUGACCGCGGAUGCUUCAACUUUUGCAGGGACAUGCUUCCGCUGCAUGCUUCGACGGUCGGUCGCAUCGUCGACAUGUGCAAGUAUGCGAAUCCAGAGGAAACGCUGGAUAUUCUCAAAGUGCUGGAGGCGGUGGUGGUCCGCGCGUCCGACGCGCAGACGACGCGCGAGGCGUACUUUUCCACCCAAGAUCAGAUCCUCAAGUAUCAAGCGGAUGGCGGCGUCAUGGGUUUGAAAGUGGACACACUGGAAUUGGUCCAGCCGCUGUUGGAAGCGGGCACGGUUCGAGGACACUUGUACGAUGGCAAUGCCGUGUGCUACAGCGAAUUGUUUUGGCUGGCGCACUGUAUUUUACUGAUUUUAGUCGCGUUCAAUCCGGAAUCGCUCGGGGCGUUUGUAUGGGACAACGUUCCUACGAUGCGUUCCCUUAUGCAAAUGGUCAUCACGGGACGAUUCAAGUUCCCGCCUGUGGAGCCAGAAGACUUGAAGCUAUUUGACACACAUUCACCGCCUUCCAUGACGUUAUCGCAGGCCAACCAGUUGGUGGUCGAGCGGGAGCGGGCGUUGUUUGAAGCCCACAAAUUACCCGUGGACCAAUCGCUGAUGGUCGUGCAGCCUCUUCAGUGCAGCGCCCGGGCCCCGCCCGUCGACGUCUUGCGUAAAGUGGACGCAUUGGACAAGAGUUUGCGGUUGGGGCUACGCCUUCGAAAGAGCCGAUCCACGGACUUUCUCAUGGACAUGGUCGACGUAGCCGUGUCGGACAAGAGCUCCCAGUCCAGCUGGUCGGAACGUCCGGAGCGAAUUUCGUGGAUCGUGGAAAUCGUGUGCGCCGAGCUCGAGACGCUGACGUACCUGCCGCGCCGGUGCCUCUGCGAGCUGUUGCUGCUGGCAUGUGUCGACGGCGGCAGUGACGACAAGUCCAAGGGGGCGAUGCACGCCAUGCUGCUGCAGCAAGUGCCGAGUAUUUUGUCCCGGCUCAAGGAAUGCAACGACGACGACGACAACGUCGAGGUCAUGACGUUUUUCUUGAACCGGUUGGCGUCUCCAAAUGUAGCCACUCGUCAGCUGUCGGCGUACCUCUUGGACCUGUUGACCCGUCAAGACACUAGUUCUAUAACGACAUUAUCCAAGGCCGUUCCCUGCCUCUCGUUCGACUGGCUGCCAGGUCUGGUCAGCCUGCCGUGCUUUCCAGCGCUGCACGAACGAGUGAUAGCGUCGUUGGAGGCACUUCUCAAGCUUGAGUCGUCUGUGGACGCGCUCAAGCUGUGUCUUGGAGCGCUAUACGACAUCUUUGGCAAUCAAGCCCAUUUGCACCUUCCGUUGGCGGUAGCUCUUGGGAAUUUCUUGGUUCAGCGGGCGUCCGUCGCCCGAUUGUUGUUAACCGACACGGCAGUGUUUGGUCGUAUGGUCGAUACGUUUUGGGCCGCCGUGGAAAGGCAAGUCCAUCAACCUACAAGCCAACCGCACGAUCUGAAAGGUGCUGAGGCGUGGGUCACGGUGGCAGUCGCGCCAGAAGUCCAUCGCGGAGUGUCCGCCGUCGACUUGCCAGCCAGCAUCGUCUCUGGGGCCAUUGAACUGCUGAGCUUUCCGACCCAACAAGUCGCUGUAUCCUCGUUCGACCACCUCGUGGCGUUCUUCUUUCCACCAGAGUCGACACUGGGGCUGUGGCAUCCUCGCCAAACGUACGUGUGCUCAUCAGAUCAUUUGUUUCGACUGGCGUGCGUUGCCAACACGCAACUGCUUUCGGCUGCGAUUCAAAAGAUGACGCUCGAAGUGUUGUGGCGAGUCGUGCUCUCGUACGGCCGCGCACCGGCGUGUCUGCUGGCCGUGCUCACCGCGCUUCAGGCGGCCACCGUCUCACGUCCGGAUAAGUGUGUGGACGCGUUGACGAAAGAAAGCGGCGCGGGGGACGCGGCCCGCGCCUGCGACGAAGCGCUCGUUCAUUUGAAUAUGUACUUGCACCAGGAAUCGUUUGCCGAGGUUCGGCACGCCGGCGACGCCAUGAUCACCUGGUUGAAGGAUCACCACGAGCAACCACUAGGAAUACCAGGUAGCGAAGACACGCGUUGUCCAGAAAAGAAGAACCGAUUCCUCGCUCUUGUUACGUGCCCAAAGAAGGCCCCACCCCCCACAUCUGAUCUGGACUCUGUCGUCAACGUGCCUGCAAUAAUGCCACACCCGAGUCCGGUUCCACGACAGUAUGCAGCGACCCACGAUCGACUUGCCGACAUGUGUCUGCUUAUUCACGACAAGUCGCAUCGAUCAUCUGUCUUGGGACGAGUACACGUUGCCUCGUUGGGCCAUACAUCGUCCCUCGUGAAGCUUGGUUCAGCCUUGGCCAAGGCUCGUCCAGUCGGCUUUGUCCAAGUCUUCUUGCACGAAAUCAUGGCGCUGGGAUGCCAAGACAGCACGGGGGUGUUUCUGCAGUCGUUCUUGAGCCAGCACACGACCGAUUCGUUGCUGCCGUUUGCGUCGACUGUGUUGGAUGCAAUGUGGACCGUGAUGCCGUGGCAUGUUCAUGGCGUGUGGCAGCGCAUCGUUCGUUUGAUCGUGGCAGAGCAAGCCCAGCACUGGCCGCAAACCCAACAAGUGGACCGCACCCGACUGAAUUUGAUUUACCACGUUGCCUUCGACAUUCAAAACAAUAUGGCGUCGACCAUCACCGCCUUGUACAACUUUGAACAAGUGUCUGCGGACUUGGCCGCCGUCGAGCGUCAAGUGGUCGAGUUCAUUGUGAUGGACCUGUAUGCGUCCCGCCCGCACUCGUUCGCGUUGGCCAUGGAUGUCUGUGCCCCUGGGUGGCAGCUCCACGCUUCUCGGCUGGUGCACUUCAACUCAUCCAGUCGGCUCGAGUCGAAAAUCGAUCGGUGGUUAACAUCCAAAGAUCAUGCGGACGCGUUGCGACUGGUGGCGCUGCGCCAUCCGUUGCUUGUCACAUCCAGAAUCGUGCAUGUUGCUCUGAGUCUCGAGGGAAGGUCGGCUUUGUUUGUGUCGAAAGCCCCGUUGGACAAUUGGCUGAUGGCGAUCGACUUGGUCGCAGAGAGCGUGUUCCGCCACCCCCACACUUUGAAGCAUUUGGUGCAGUGCUUUUUGCUCUAUUUGGAGCACCAUCACGACGAAUCUAAAGCGAUCACUGCAUUGCGCGUCGUCCACACAGUCGACCGUAUGAUUCGCAAGGACAGCUGCGCCAUGCUCCCCUUUUUCACGCAGCAUGCAUACCGCAUUCGCUGGAUCCAUGCCUUGAGCAAAUACGAGUCAUCCCAUGCGUCUGUUGCAAGUGUCUCCCACUUUCUCGACCACCACACAAUCAAGUCGACUGAAAUCACGUCCUGGACAACAACCUCUCCAACCUUUGAGGACCAACUGGAAGAGCUCAAGACCACGUUUACGCUCUAUGCUGGGUCCGCCAAGCACCUGGUACUUCCCACGUUGACGCGGUAUAUUAGCCAAGGCGAGAUGACCAAGAAGACAACCGUGCUGAUUUGCCAGUGUUUGCUCUUGGUCCUGCAGAGCGAUCGCACGAGUGCUGGGGAUGCCACCAAGGCGUACGUGGCGUGCCUAACGUCGCCCAAAGUCGGCAUUCGGGAAGCUGCCACGUUUUUCUUACCCGAUUUCUUGGUGUAUUGCAGCCCUAGUCAGCACUACACUAUACUGGCGCACCUGUUUCUCGAAGACAGCGACGUCGCCAAGAGUAGCCUGUCGCAGUAUUUCAAGAGUGACCUCUUCAAAGCCGACCGCAGUUAAAACUAACAAUUAAUCAAACGUCAUUUAAUUCUCAAGUGUGUAUUAGUCCAACGUUGCCGCGAGGUACUUUGCAUUGCGGCCUGAUGGGACAUCCUUGCCCAGGUAGUACCGGUCGCACGCGUAGCCCCCCGUGGCAAACCCAUUCAGAUUGUUGCCGCGACGUCCGUUGGGGCCCCUGUAGUCCCCAGGACACGCCACGCAGCUGGACACGCUGCUUAGCCCUUCGGUCAUGCUGUACGAGCCCAGCGGGCAGGGGGCGGUGCAGACCUUGGACGUCAUGCCCGUCGACUGUCCGUACGUGCCCUUGGGACAGGGCUUGCAGUCGUCGAUGGACGUGGCGCCCAGUUUGUCGUUGUACGUGCCCUUCGGACACAGCGACGUGCACGUGCUUGUCGUGAGCCCUGGCAGGUUACCGUACACCCCGCGGGGGCAAAAUUGGCAUUCGGACAUUGUCACACCGCUCCCUACAGGGCGAUACAUGCCGACAGGACAUGGCACGGGCGAUGGCUGAAUGCCGCGGUACAUGCGAACUGGAACACGAUCAGGGGUAAUUGAAUGAGGAGGUGGUGUCCCACCUGUGCGUGUUGCCAGGAGCUCGUGAAACUGGAUGUGGCUGCCACCGAGAUGGAUGCCUAGAGAUAGCACCUGUUGGUAUGUGCAAAGGAAUGUGGAUCAAGUACCCAUGCGAAAGAGCAAGUUAAGCCCCCCCGAUAUGCACAUCAGUGUCACGAUGGUGCGCUGCAUCGCUUGCGCGUAGGAAAGUAAACUUCCCCAAACUGCUUGUGA